CAGUCUUCUUUGAGAGCGUAUAGUUUGGUGGACCUUUAACGCCCAGCGGCAUGGCUUCCAAGAAAGAGAUUUGUCCUUUAGUCUGGUACCGGCGUGCCCGGCUUCUGUUGGGGUUGGCAGCAGUGGUCCUCACCGGCCUGGAUAACUAUCUUUGGUGCUGGAACCAGGCACCGCGAUGGCUCUUGGGAACGCUUGUGCUUCUGACUGGCUGGGGUUGGGGAGAUGCAGUGCUGCGAUUUCCCUUGAUCCACGACAUUGACAGCUUUUUCACCAUUAAGCAGGUUGUGCUAACCGUUGGGAAGCCUGAACUGGAUGCCGCAUCAGUCGCCAAACUAUUGCCGACACCCGAAGUCCCAGAAUCCCAGAAGUACAAAGAUUUGGCCCUUUGUUUGCGCCUCCAGAGUUACUCUUGCAUUGUCAAGUAGAAUGCUCAGUAUGUCGCAGCAUCCUUCCCGCACAGCACCGAAGCCUUCGUGACACUCUUCGCUUUGAAAACUUACCAGUUCCAUACUUUCAGCAGGACAUAACAUGAAAUAACGUGUAGGCACGUGUAUGAAUCAAACGGAGUAGCGAAUGCUUACGAAUGAGUGCCUUGUACUGCCAUAUAACAUCAUAUUGCUGCGUCACAGAGCAUUCGAGCAACACCUGUAGUUCAGAUGUGUGCAGUAAAUACUGCUAGGAGACGGGUAUUGGUGGAGCCUUCAACAAGGCUGUUUAGAGCAAGAUUGCCCAUCAUUGUAGCUUGAGAGAAUGUGCUCAUUCUCCCACAGGAUUGCUUCGGUCUCCCAGUUCUGUUUUGAAAGGUAGAUGCGGUGCCGUUGAAGUCAGCCGUUCUUCAGGAAGUCAGCCGUUGGGAGAAGGGACAACGCAGCUGUGGGUGAUGGCUCGAUAUCGAUAGGGAUCAGGAGCCAUAACUUGCCUUUUGCUGAUCAAGAAUACUCGGCAAUGUAAGCAUUGGUAAUGUAAGCAUUGCAAAGAAGUCCUCUCAUCGGUCAGUCAUCGAAGAUGCCCAGCUGGCUUUCUGCAGGGACUCAAGGUGAUAUGGGUGGUCACGGUCUUCUCGCAAGCCCAGCCAAGCUUGUGGGGGAUGGGAUGUGAAAAUGUUUCAAUGCGCAGCACAUCUGGACCCGGCCUGCCCCCCUACUACAUAAUUAAGUAGGCUUCUCCUACGUUUUUAUAUAUAUAUAUAAGUAAGGUACUGGACGCUCCUAGCUACUAAACAUUCUCCUAGCUACUGGACGCAGGAUUGCUCACGCUUCUAUUCAUUUGGUUCCUAGAUUGUUAGGGAAACUUAAUAAGUGCAAUUCUUUGGAGCUUUAGUCCCUUUUGUUCCAACAUAUGUGGAACGUCGCUGAAAUGAGUCGGGUGUUUUGGCAAAGUCGUCGUUUCUUUUCAGAAAUCCUUCAAAUUUGAACAUGUAAAUAUGAGCUCACCAGAGAUGAUGCUGAACUUCAUGUUAAUCCAAUUCCACUGCCAGCUACAAGAAGCGCGCCCCCUUUGCAUUUUGCAUCACAGCGAUGUCCAGCGUGAUGCUGCCAAUGGCCUAUGCCAUGUCUUUGCCUUUAGAUGAGAUGCAGGAGGUGUACAAGAAGCUCACGAACCAACAUGUCGACAAAGAUUUGUGCGUCCGAAUUUGGUAUUACGUAGCUGACCCAGAAGUUUGCUGGGAAGCCUGUGAAGCCAUCGUCAGCAUGAUCCCUUAGACAACCUGAUAAUGACGGAACUUCACGUUG